AUGCCUACGGCGCCCGGGAGAGAACCAACCACCUCUGAGCGCCGUCCCGUCGGCUACGGCCAGUUCCGCUCUGCGUUCUACCCGGCGCUCGGGAGUCGCAGCGCUCGAACUCCUGGGAGCCGCUGUCCAGCAGCUGCCUCGGCCACCGGUCCGGCCCUGCUGGGCGUCCUUCUCCAUCACACGGACUGUAGGAAGAGCUCCACCAUGGACCAGGGAACCCUGAGGGUCGAGUUGUUGCCCGCGCUGACCGACAACUACAUGUACCUGAUCAUCGACGGCGAGACCAAGGAGGCCGCCAUCGUGGACCCGGUGCAGCCUCAGAAGGUCGUAGAAACGGUGAGAAAGCACGGCGUGAAGCUGACCACAGUGCUCACCACCCACCACCACUGGGACCACGCUGGUGGGAACGAGAAGCUGGUCAAGUUGGAGCCUGGGUUGAAGGUGUGUGGGGGCGAUGACCGGAUCGGGGCACUGACUCACAAGGUCACGCAUCUGUCCACACUGCAGGUGGGGUCUCUCAACGUCAAGUGCCUGUCGACACCGUGCCACACUUCCGGCCACAUCUGCUACUUCGUGAGCAAGCCCGGGAGCUCUGAGCCUCCUGCUGUGUUCACAGGCGACACCUUGUUCGUGGCUGGCUGUGGGAAGUUCUACGAAGGGACAGCGGACGAGAUGUACAAAGCCCUGCUUGAGAUCCUGGGCCGGCUCCCUCCAGACACGAGAGUGUACUGCGGCCACGAAUAUACCAUCAACAACCUCAAGUUCGCGCGCCACGUGGAGCCCAACAAUACUGCCAUUCAGGAGAAACUGGCCUGGGCCAAGGAGAAGUACGGUAUCGGGGAGCCCACAGUGCCGUCCACCAUCGCGGAGGAGUUCACCUACAACCCGUUCAUGAGAGUGAGGGAGAAGACGGUGCAGCAGCAUGCUGGCGAGACGGACCCGGUGACCACCAUGAGGGCCAUCCGCAAAGAGAAGGACCAUUUCAAGGUGCCCCGGGACUGAGGUGGCCGUAGGGCCUGGGGCGCCCGUGGCCGCUGCCGCCUUCAAGCACAUUUUGGGUGUUCGGAUGUUUUAGGUGAAUUUCCUGCCAUGAGUGCAGGAAAUUCAAUCUUGGCUUAAUUUUAAAUUAAUUUCAGAGCCCUUUGCCAGUGUUAUCAGAUGUUCUAAUGCAUAUUUA